UCGCCUCGCCGCCGCCUCCUUGGCCACGCCCCCUCGCCGCCUUCCCAGGCUCCUCUUCGGGUAAACAGCGAUGGCCGCGGAUGAAGGAGGAGGCGGAGAACAGGAGAACAACAUGGGGAACCACUUGCAGCUCAUACCCGCAGAGAGUGAGGAAGAGGAUGACAUUGGAAUGGAAGUCGAAGAUCAAGAUGGCAAGGAGACUGAAAAGCCAAACACCAUUAAUUUUGAUACAAGUCUUCCAACUUCACACAUGUACUUAGGAUCAGAUAUGGAAGAAUUUCAUGGAAGAACUGUCCAUGACGAUGAUAGUUGUCAAACAAUUCCAGUCUUACCCCACGUGAUGGUUAUGUUGAUUCCUGGACAAACCCUGCCUCUUCAGCUCUUCAGUCCCCAAGAGGUUAGCAUGGUGAGGAACUUAAUACAGAAAGACAGAACCUUUGCUGUUCUUGCAUACAGCAAUAUACUUGAAAGGGAAGCGCAUUUUGGAACAACAGCUGAAAUUUAUGCCUACAGAGAAGAACAGGAAUAUGGAAUUGAAACAGUCAAAGUAAAAGCAGUGGGAAGACAAAGGUUUAAAGUACUUGAAAUACGCACUCAAGCAGAUGGAAUCCAGCAGGCAAAAGUGCAAAUCCUUCCAGAGCGAGUGCUGCCUUCCACAAUGUCAGCGGUGCAGCUGGAGUCUCACAGUAGAUGCCACCUUUUUCCUUCUUCCAAGCCGGCAGCAUGGCAAGAUCAACAAAUACAUCAAUGGCGGCAGAAAUAUCAAAAGCGCAAAUUCCACUGUGCUAGUUUGACUUCAUGGCCAUCUUGGCUGUAUUCAUUAUAUGAUGCUGAAACCUUGAUGGAACGAAUCAAGCUGCAACUGCACGAAUGGGAUGAAAAUCUUAAAGAUGACUCACUCCCAGCAAAUCCUAUAGAUUUUUCAUACAGGGUUGCUGCUUGUUUGCCCAUUGAUGAUGUACUACGAAUUCAACUGCUUAAAAUUGGUAGUGCUGUUCAGCGACUGCGAUGUGAACUAGAUAUCAUGAACAAAUGUACAUCCCUCUGCUGUAAGCAUUGUCAGGAUACCGAAAUAACAACUAAAAAUGAAAUAUUCAGCUUGUCCCUGUGUGGACCUAUGGCUGCAUAUGUGAAUCCUCAUGGAUACGUGCAUGAGACUCUUACUGUGUACAAAGCCUGCAACCUCAAUCUGAAUGGCAGAUCAUCCACAGAGCACAGCUGGUUUCCUGGUUAUGCGUGGACUAUAGCCCAGUGUAGGAUCUGUGGAAGCCACAUGGGAUGGAAGUUUACUGCAACCAAGAAAGAUAUGUCACCUCAAAAAUUCUGGGGAUUGACGCGUUCUGCUCUGCUGCCAAGGAUUCCAGAAAAGGAUAAUGAAUACGGUCAAGAAAGAUCACUAUUACUUUGCCUGUGAUCUGCUAUCUAUCCUUACUUGGGAUGAACUAGGAGUUAUCAGUGUCUCUUAAGAAAUCUGUUGAGUGCUGCAUCUGAUGUCUGAUUAUAUGAAACAUUCAGAAUAUUUGAGCUUUAUGCAGAGAAAAGACUGUUAUUUCCAAAGGCCUUGAAAUGUUUGAUAUUUUGAAUUGAAACUUUUGGGAGAUGAAGACAAAGACUAGCGAAAAACAGUUGUUUUCAGAUGACCUGGCAAAGACUGAAUCGGGCAGUGCGGAUUACGUCUGAUGUGAUAUAAUGACAGAAGAUGCAUACUGUUGUUGAGGACAUAAAUGUUCAGUAGAAAUUAAGACUACAUAAUUCAAUUUGUGUAUAAUGAUAGAUAUAAUCCAUUGCCCACUGUUUUAAGAUAUUUGCCUGUAGACUGUUGUGAAUUUAUAGGAGUUCCUGUUUUCUAACUGUAUGAAAUAGCUUACAGAUAUUAGCGUUUGUUGAAACAAGCCUUAAAAGAAGAGGAGGCCUAAACCUUUUAUAGGGGCUGAUGUAAUGGGGGUAAGACUCCAUGGUCUUGCUGUGAGAAACAAGCACCGAAGCCUGCUGCUAGAAUAAUUAUUAUAUGCAAUCCCUUUGUGAAGAAUCUCUAUAGACCUUUGGUCCUUGUUGAUCAGUUUCUGCUCCACUUGGCAUAUUCUGACUUUUGAACAAAUGGAAACAUAAGUUAUUCAUAGACGCCAACAACUCCCCAGUAAAUUAUGUGAUUUUCUUCAUUAAUAACUUUGCUACUUUCCUUUUAAUCAUAUUGCACUUAAUCUUCUGAAAUAUUAUGUACCGUUUGACCUGACUAGACUCCUUGGCAAUGCUCAGAAUAUUUAUCGUUAGAAAAUAGCAACCAUCCUGCCGGGUUCUGUAAUUUCCUGUCCUACAUUACAGACUAUGGUGCAAUUAUCACCUACUCUUUGAACAGGAACUGUUGCUACUUAUUGAAGAGGAAUGUUUUUGCCUGAGUUCUAGAAAGGGGUGCCAAAAAAAGCAUAAAAGUAUCUUUUCCCCAUCUUUGUUUUCCCAGAAUGCUCUUUGACAAACAAAAAACUGCAAAUAUCAGACUUCUUUUACAUGUAUGGGUAUAUGUAUUUUUCAGAGUCCAUUUUUCUCACUCUCCAUUUGUUCUGAGUAAAUUGUAGAAAUCUUGUUAUAUGUGGAUAGUUACCUUGUUGAAAUAAAAAAAAUCAUUGCUAAAAUGUUUUAGCAAUUGUGUAAAUACCAGCAUAUUUACCUACCAAGUGAGAAGUGGCUUUAAAAUAACAAAUUCCUGACUUUCAAAACACUGCUGUGGCUUUUGUUAUUUUGCAUUUGAAAGCUUUAUUCAGACAGUAAUUGGCAUUAGAUACCGAAGGGGAUCUUAGGAACUCUUAAUGUGCUAAAUAGCCAGGAACAGGUAACCCUCUGAUUCAGGAUUAGUUUCUUGAAGACUUCUACCUCUGUGGUACUAUGUUUUUUUUAAUAUAUAUAUAUAUAUAUAUAUAUAUAUAUAUAUAUAUAUAUUUCUCAUCCCACUCACAAUUGAAUUAUCUUCCUUUGAUUUGUGUUGUCACUCUGUCUACUGAGCUAUGAAAAGCAAUACUAGUGGAAACCUCAUUUUGAACAGAGUAAGGUGUGAAUCCUUUUAUUAGAGAGCAUUUUGGGUUUCUCUUUUUCCCUCAAAAAGUAUCUUUCAGUAUAAAAUAAAGUUGUGAAAGCACAGAAUUGGGGCGGUGGGUUAAAAUGGUAAUAAACUGAUUUGAGAUAGAGCGUUCUUUUCCUAAUUAAAUACAAUUUUGUGGCCUCAGUUUUUCAAGGAGCUGGACUCCUCAGACUGCUGAUUUGCUAUGAGACAAGACUGCAUGAGAAGUUAGUAUGUGGGUAGUAAGAAAUUAAUUUUCGGAAUGUGGUAUAUCGUUAUAGUAUGACUUAAUCCGUACAUGUUAAAGCUGUAUUAUUUAAGAUCUUAUGUGACUUAUGUUUCAACUAGCCCCUAUGAGUGGUGCUAUCUCCUCACCUCUAAUGAUGGAACAGAACAGAUUCUCCUAUGUUUUCUUACUCCAUCUGUUAUUAACCUGCCAUAGAGAAUAAUCCUUUUUCUCUGGCAUGAUGUCAUAUGAUUGAGAGUAUCUUUAAUUCCUUUUUUAAAAAAAUGCUCAAAUAUGUAGUCAUACCUUUUAUAUGUGAAGAGCACAAUCUGCAUGUUAAGACCCAUUCCUGACUGCAGUUCAUUGAGGUGAGGGGAAGAAGCAUUAAACACGACCUUCAUUAAUUUCAUCCAUGUUUUGUAAGCUCCCAUUUCCAGUAAAUGGAGGUUGUAUAACACAGUGCUUGAUAAGUUGUUCCCAGGAUAUUUGGCUAGAUUUGUUAUGCAGUUGCCUCAGAAUAAAAUAGACUCAAUAAUGGUCAGUGUGAAACAUGUCUAUUUUUGUAAUGGUGCAAAUAUGUAUAAUCAAUGCAGAAAGAGCUAAAAUACAAUUAGGUGAGAUUUGCAAGAACUAAAGGUUUCAUUUGAUGUUGAGUCUUAUUUUUCUGUCUGCCCAAGUCUAUGUAAUGAGUUUGAGAUUAUCAAACCCUUGCACUGUUCUUUUAAGUAAUUACAAAAAGAAAUGUAUUCUGUUGUACAAAUAGCUAUUUUGAAUCUCAGUUAAGAAUUCUUUACGUAAAAGUUAUGCUUUAUGAUUCCUGUAUAAAAACUGUUAACACUU